GCACAAGUUAUACAGAGUUUGAUAUCGCAAACCAGACAUUGAUUGAGUUAGUUUUGCUGAUUUGUUUUCCCUUAAACAGCCACCUGAAUACUAUAGUACCUAGUAUGCUUAAUUAUUGUGAGAUCAUUUUAAUUUAUGCGACCAAGCACACGAUGCAUGGAUUUGAUGCUAAAAAGGAAAUGAAGUAUCAUCUUUUGUACCAAAAAAAAGUAUUUACAUAUACUUGCAGAUUACACAUAUUGUUUUGUUAAGAAGUACGAAAGUGAGAAAGUUUGCGUAAUGAAACUUGGGUUGUGUAAUUUUUCCGAAGUCUUAACGAGAUGAGGUAGGUGUCAACCACCCUUCCUUCUCUACCUUUUUGUUCAAAAAUUUAAGCUACUUAGUGAUUCUGGCGAUCUCAAUACCUGACCUGGUGCUACUCAUAUUCAUCUUUACUUCCUCCGGUCCAGAAUAAGCACUAUUUUACUUUUGGCACACCCAUUAAGGCAAUACGAAUUUCUAGAGAAAAAGAAGAUGUAUUCACUAAAUUAACCUUAGUUAAUUGUUACCUUGACACAAUUGAAUAUGUAAAUAAGGGCAAAUUUUAGAAAAAGAAAAUUAAUUCCUUCUUGAUUACAUAAAUAAAUACUUAUUUUGGACCGAAGUAAAAUGAUCACUUAUUAUGAACUGGAUGAUAUUAUAUUAGGAUGUGAAGUCAUGCAAACUUUGGAAUAAGCAACACCACCUGUUUGUAGUUGAAGGGGUAGGGCAGUGCCCUAUAAUAUUUUGGAUUGAGCUAUUUCCAAUUAGAAUACAUGAAAUUACACCUAGUGACCUUGAAAUUGAAUUAUUUAGAUUUUCUACCCUUGUUUGUUCCAUGGGCAAAUCUUUAAGGUCAAAGUCAAAAGUGUUGCUUAUGAGGCAAAUCGAGGGUAACACACUAACACUUGUCAAAUUUUCUUAUUUGUGCAAAUCACUCACAAUAAAAAAAGACCUAUUAGAAGUUGCAAUGAACGUUAGAUGAUUCAUUGCUUUUCCAGUAGAUAGUCAUUCCGGGUUCACAUAAGCGCGUUGAUAGAUAAAGACAAAGUUGAUUACUUGUUACACGUCUGAAAUUUUGAUGUAACAGAUGAAAGCGAAAUUUCUUGGAAUGACAAGAGAAAAGGAGUUGACCGAAGACCUCACUCUUUUUUAAGCGACUUAGGAGGGUGACUCCAACAAUUUAUUAAAAAAACAAAAAGAAGAUGAGUUAUAGAUCAGAGAUGUCUAUGGACACAACCACGGAAGAUGGGGAAUCCUUUAUUUCUAAUACAGAUGCAAUCAUCAACGGCACUUCUGAUAUUUCAGCGUUGGCUGAGAGCUUAAUCUCAGGUCCCAACAUCCCUAAUUCGUCUUGGACGAGUGCAGACGACGUCCAGCAGCAGAUUUCGACGGCUGGUGGUGGUGGUGCUGCUGCUGCUGAUGAUAUGAUGAUUGUAUCAUCAGGUGCAUCUUCCAUGUUAUCCAAUACUAAUAAGCAAAGUGAGAUUAUGAUAUUUAAUGUUGAUUUCAGGGCGGUUGCUGUUUGCAAUAACAGUGAUAAAAUUGAGGAGAAAGGAUCAGCUGAGAGCAGUAAGCGAUUGGAAUGUCGCUUUGGUUUAGGUUCGAAUAUUGGUGGGGCAGUGAAUGAGGAAACCAGCUUUAGGUUUGUCAAUAUAUAUACAUUGAUGGCUUGUGCCGAGGCAAUCCAACAGAACAACUUAAAUCUAGCUGAUGCACUCGUCAGCGACAUAAAAAGACUUGCGGUUCAACAAUCUGGAGCCGUGAAAAAGGUGGUGUAUUAUUUUGACGACACUUUGGAUCGAACUAUUAACGGAAUGAAUGCACCGUAUAUUGUUGAAUCCUCCUAUUGCACGGAUGAACUCUUGCAGAUGUACUUCUAUGAGACUAGCCCCUACCUCAAAUUCGCCCACUUCACUGCCAAUCAAGCCAUUCUUGAGGCCUUUGCCGAUUCAAAUAGAGUACAUGUAAUUGAUUUCAGUUUGAAUCAAGGUUCGCAAUGGCCGGUGCUAAUGCAGGCUCUCGCCUUGCGUCAUGGGGCUCCACCGGCUUUUAGGCUUACCGGAAUUGGACUACCACAACACUCCUUUUUGGAAGUCCGGUAUAUGCUAGUGCAGUUGGCUGAGAAAAUAGGUUUAGAAUUUGAAUUCCGUGGAUUCCUAGCCAAUUCUUUAACCGAUGUUGACGCUAUGAUUCUGAGUAUUAGAUCAAGUAAUGUGGAAGCAGUGGCUGUGAACUCUAUUUUCGAGCCUCACCAUGCGAUGUCCAGGCCAGGCGCAAUUGAGAAAUUGCUGAAUACAAUCAAAGAGAUGCAACCGAAGAUUGUGACGACCAUCAUCAAACAAGAAGCAACAAACUCAGAGUGGACUCAGUCCUACAGCCGAGACUCGGAGAUGGCGGAGCAGUACCCAGGGCGGCAGAUUCAUAAUGCGGUGACUUGCAAAGGGAGUGAUCGAAUUGAGAGGCACGACACUCUUAGUCAAUGGAGAGUGAAAAUGAACUCAGUUGGAUUCAACUCGGUACGCUUGAAUUCGAACACGUGCAACCAAGCAAGCAAGCUUUUGUCCUUGUUUCAUAAUAGGCAUGGAUGUGGAGUGGAAGAGAAUGAUGGGUUUCUUAUGUUGAGUCGGGAUAGUCAACCGCUCAUUGCCACCUCGGCUUGGCAGCUUACGCCUCCGACUCUAGGCUAGUGGGUCAACGGUUGAACUUAUGAAAUGUUUGGACAGUUUUUAGAGAAAAAACUUUCCUUUCUUCCAGAGGCAGUUUCUAUUUCUGUUUACCUCGAAAAAUAUGAGUAACAAUUAAAGAUAAUUUGUGAUUUUAAAGA